CAAUAUUUUGCUACGCGUGGUACUGGUCGAUUGGGAAUAAUAACUUGGCAUACUAGACGUGGUUUGGUCAAUUCUGCAAAGCAAACACAGAUGUCUUGAUCUGUUGUUCUAAGGAUGGCUAGCCAGUUCAAGAUUCAGACUGACGGUUCAUUUAUAACUUCCAGCCGAGAGGGAACUCAAGCAUAGGCAAGAAUCUAUACGACAAAGAGGAAUGUCGUUUGUCCUCGUCGACAUUAUAUAAAGGGGAAGUUUCGACUCUGCGGAAAAUAAAGAUAUGGGUUCACAAAGGGUCAAAAUUGUAGCUUUGGUCAUUGUUGUGGUGGUAGUCAUAAUAGUGGCGGUGACGUGUGCAGUGGUGCUGACGCAAUCCUCCGACUCGACGACGUCACGGAAAUCCACGGGCAUACAAGGUGCGGUGGCGUCUGAUUCCGAAGUCUGCUCGAACAUCGGUGCUGACGUGAUGCGUGAAAAUGGAACGGCUAUUGACGCGGCCAUAGCAACGCUGAUUUGCCUGGGUCUCAUUCAUCCCCAUUCCUCUGGGAUUGGGGGCGGGGGCUACAUGCUGUUGUACAAGCGCUCUACCAAGAAGGCGACGUACUUGGAUUUCCGAGAAACGGCCCCCGGGGCAUCUACAUCUGAUAUGUUUGUAAACAAAACCGAUGAGAGUAAAAAAGGGAAACUCUCGGUAGCCGUUCCAGGAGAAAUACUUGCUAUGUAUGGUGCUUGGAAAACACAGGGUCGCUUGCCAUGGAAGCGCCUUUUUCAACCAACGAUCGAUUUGGCUGAAAAUGGAUUCAAAAUUGACGAACCAUUGGCUAUUGUAAUCAAGAGUACAAUGAAAGACAUCAUUAAGGAAAAAGGUUUUAAGGAGAUUUACUUUAACGAUGACGGCCAGCCACGAUCGGAAGGCGAGACCAUAAAAGAUCCAAUCUUCGCUAAGACACUAAAAGAGCUUUCAGAAGAUCCUUUCAGCUUCUACAACGGCACCAUUGCCAAAGAAAUGGUGAAGGACAUUCAAGAUCGAGGAGGAAUUCUAACAAUGGACGAUUUGAAGAACUUCACGGCAACUAACAGACGCGUUUUGUCAAGUUUCGUGAAUGAGGAUACUCUGUAUACAACGUCGGCUACUUCAAGUGGAUCUACCUUGAUUAUGAUAUUAAAUAUUUUAAAAGGAUUCAAGUUCACUGCAGACUCUAUAUCACCCAGCAACGUCAUACUAACCUGGCAUCGUAUCAUUGAAGCACUCAAGUUUGGUUACGCAUAUCGCCCAUAUCUGGGUGAUCCGGAAUUUUACCCUGAAGUGGAAAAGAGCAUAGAUCUUCAGAUCAACGCCACGUAUGCUGAAGAAUUGCGUCAGAAGAUAUCAAACGACACCACAUACAAUACCUCGUACUACGGCGGAUUUUAUGCUAAUCCUCAAGAUUCUGGUACGACGCAUUUGUCUGUGGUUGGGCCUACAGGCGACGCUGUGUCUGUCACCAGUACUCUUGGAUACUAUUUUGGCGCAAAGAUUCGCUCAUACAAGACGGGGAUAGUGUAUAACAAUCACAUGAGCACAUUCUCUUUACCAAACAUAGCGAAAGUUUAUCAACCCAAGUCCUCAAAAGCUAAUUACAUCGAACCAGGAAAGCGAUCGGUGUCUACUGCAUGCCCUACGAUAGUUGUGGAUAAGAAUGGGAUUGUAAGGAUGGUUGUGGGUGGAUCAGGAGGUCUAAGGAUCACCUCGGGUGUACCUCAGGUCAUAAUGAACAAACUUUGGUUUGGUUUAAGCCUAAAUGACUCGAUCGAUAGACCUCGAUUGCAUCAUCAACUUCAUCCGAAUAAAGUGUACUACGAGAAAACCUCCCCCUUCGAUGUUUCUUCAACGAUUAUUGAUGGCUUACGGGCUCUUGGACAUGAAGUGACAGGGUGGACUAAAUAUUGCGCCAUUCAGGGGGUCUACAGGGAUGACUUAGGAAAUUUAUUUGCUAAAUCUGAUCCCAGAAAAACUGGAGUCGCUGUUGUGUUGUGAGCAAAAUACUGUUCGCGACUAUGUUUUGUUACUGUAGUUUGUAUACUAAUGGAACAAUGGGAAAAUGGUUAGAAAUUCCGUUUAGACGAAGAAAUGCUGUUAUAUAGUCUUCCAUGUUACAUGAAGCAAUUGCAGUAUUAAAGGACAUCAGCAACGAAAAUUUUGAUUGUUGAUCUGUGUUAAACAUACCUAAGGAAUACUUAAUUUCGUAUUUUUACUUGCCUAUCGCAUUUAGUUGUUGAGAAAUUUUUCACUGGAAUAAUAUGUAUAUUGUAAGGUUGGUUUCAACCUACGAACCGGUGGCUCAAUGGUUAAGGCUACGUUUUGAACUGUUCAAAAACU